AUGGAGACCACGACCCUCACACGCACCGCCCUGCCGCCAAUGACCUCCCUCCCACUCUUGCCGACACACCCGACUCGCCCGCCAACCAUCUGCCCGCAUCUCGCGGCGUGGUGUCAGGCCAACCUCGAGUCGGCUGUCGAGCGUCUCGAGGGCGCGAUGAGGGCAGACUACGGCCUGGCAGACGGCGUGCUCGUCAAGGGGACACUCCCUCCCUCGUGCUCGACUUGCCAGACGACCCCGCUUCGACCGGCUCUCUGCCUCGCAUGCGGCGUCUCUUCCUGCCUCUCUCCCGGCGAACCGAGUCACGCCCUCGACCACUCGGAGAAGGAGAAUCACCAGCUCGCCUGGGACUUCCGUGCACGAGGUAUUUACUGCUUCGUCUGCGAGGGCUACGUCCGACACGCGGCGGUCGAGCGACAUGCCUUGGCGGAACGAAUCGCCUCAAGGGAGGCUGCUGCGAACGACGGAGAGGGUCAACGAGCAACCAAGCGCAAGCGCGUCAGCGUGCAGAAGUGGGAGCUUACGACGCCGAUCCAGUCGACGCCUGCUCCGACCGCCCUCGCUGUGCGAGGCAUCCGGAACCUCGGCAACAGCUGUUACAUGAGCGUCAUCCUGCAGACCUUCCUCUGCAACCCAUUCCUCCGCACCUACUUCCUCUCAGACCGACAUAAUCGUCUCGCCUGCACCAAGACCCUUCAAGGCGAACCUUGCCUGUGUUGCGAGCUCGACUUGCUCUUCUCCGAGCACUACUCGUCCGACCUUGCGCCUCUCGCUCCGACUCGCUUCUUGCAUUCGUUCUGGCAAUCAAGUGCUGAAGCAGCUGGCUACGCUCAGCAAGAUGCCCACGAGUUCCUCAUUUCCGCGCUCAACCUCCUCCACUCCUCCUCUCCCUCUCACCACGACUCCCCCUCCCUCGGACCCUGCCGCUGCCCAAUCCACACAACCUUCUCAGGCGAGCUCCGCUCAAAGGUGACCUGCGGGAGGUGUCAGCACCAGUCUGAGACGGCUGAGCCGUUUCUCGACUUGAGUUUGGAUCUGAAGGAUCGUGCGACGGGAUUGGCGGGAAAGACGUUGGGGGAUCGUUUGAAGAGCUUUACAACUCCCGAACAGCUCCCGUCGACGUACAGCUGCGCUGCAUGCGGCGACGGUGUUCCCUCCGCCUCGAAGCGUCUGAGCCUGAAGACCCUCCCUCCAGUCCUCUGCAUCCAAUUCAAGCGCUUCGAGAUUACGAACCAGGCGCAGAAGCUCGACACGCCGAUUCGGUACCCGCUCAAGCUCGACAUGAGCCCGUUUUUGACGAAUCACCUCGAGUACCCGACAAGUUACAAGCCCUCCAUGGCGCACUGGUACAACUUGGCGGCGGUUGUCGCGCACGAAGGGACGCUCAGCCAGGGUCACUACACCGCUUACGUCCGAGGCGUUGACGACUUCUACGCCAUCGACGACGAAAAGGUCCGGCGGGUCCGGAUCGCCGAAGUCCUCGCCGCCAAAGCCUACCUCCUCGUCUAUUCACGCAUCUAG